CAUAAAGCAUGAAAGAAUCUCAAAAAGAAGAGGCUGGACCAGCAAGAGAGUAUAUAAAUGAAGGUUUGGCUAGCCAUCUUCCUCAAGGAACACACACUCAGGCUUAACUACGGAUUCUCAGAGUGCAGUGAACAGCUAAGCAUUCCAAAAUGCUGCAUUAUUUUGUGGUAUUCUCUUGCCUUUAUGCCAUGAGCAUGACCAUGCCUUUACCUGUUUAUUACUCGUACUCCCCUGCUGCGGGGGAAGGCAGUGGAACUGAAUUUUCCACCGCAUAUGAGGGUCGCAUCACUGGAGUCAGAGUUUAUGAAUAUCCCUACUAUGGAUACUACUACAACAACUACCUCAAUGGGCUCCAGUUGCAAUAUGACGGUAACUGGACAGCACUGGUUGGCAUGAACGGUUAUGGCAAUCAAAGGGAGAUGACACUCUUCGACAACGAAUAUUUUGUUCAAGUCUCUGGAAAGUAUUACUCUGGUUACAUCUCUGAGCUUAUGUUUGUCACUAAUGAGGGGCGCUCUUUCAAAGUGGGGCAGCCAACUGGACUUUCAUUUAACUUCUACCCAACCCAUGAUGGAAGUGAACUACGUUUCCUCAGCGGUCGACAGAAUGGAUUUGCCCUGACCUCCAUUGGGGCUCACUGGGCUGUGUUUAACAACAAUUCGACUGCAUCAUAAAGACAGAAAUGUCUCUCUGGCUAAGAAUUGUGUGUUUAUUUGGGGAAAAUGCAAGUUAAUAAGUAACCUAAUAUUUUAGUAAUAUACCUAGUAAUAUUUUGAUUAUUGAUUUUGAUUAAGGGCUUCUCCUUUAACACAAUAAUUCCUAAAGGCUUUCAAUGAUUAUUAAACUAUUAGGCUUGAUUUUACUAUUAAAGUUGAUUUUUUGUAUUAAAAUUUAUCAAAACAAAUGUUAUACUUUGUUUCAUUAUAUGAGGAUCACAAUAAAACUGACUUAAAAUGUU